GAUAAAUUUUUCGCAAAUGAUAAGGAGAAAAAUUUUUCAAUUUUGACAUUCAAAAAAAAAUAGAUAAAAUUUAUAGCUUUAUUGCCUUUUAUGUAUCUUCCUUAGUAAAAUUGUCUUUCAAAUCGUGACCAUGUCUGCCUUCGCCAAAAAAUGUCUGGGACAAUUAAAAAGCAAAGAGUUCGUCAACUAUUUAAUGAGCACCCAUUUUUGGGGUCCUGUAGCUAACUGGGGUAUUCCUAUCGCUGCACUUGCAGAUAUCAACAAAGAUCCAUCUUUAAUCAGUGGCAAAAUGACAUCCGCUCUUUGCCUGUAUUCAUUAAUGUUUAUGAGAUUUGCCUGGAAAGUACAGCCCCGGAAUAUGUUAUUAUUUGCCUGUCACGCUACCAAUGAAGUAGCACAGUUAGCUCAAGGUGCUAGAUUCAUCAAAUAUAAUCUGUCAGACAAGAAGGAGGAGGACAAAAAAGAAUAAUUUUGUUACCGUAUUUUUAAGUUCUCAAGUUGAACAUAUCGCUCAAGAAUGCGGUAUCUAAAUUUUUUUAUUGGGACUGAUUUUUGUUGAAAUUCUAAGUGUAUAUUGUAAAGAGGUACUCGAGGCUAGAAGAUGUGAAGCAUUCCGAAUAUUUCGACUCUAUAAGAGUUUUUUUUUCAAUGUUAUCUCGAAAAUUCUUCGAAUUUUUUUUUGUUGAUUGAUUUGUGUUCGUUUAUUGUAAAUUUUAUUUAUUUAGGAGUCGAUAGUUGAUUAAUUUAGUGUGCUUCGUUAUCUACGGGUUUAGAAAUAUAAUAAAUCAAGAUCUUAAUGAAAAAAAAUUAUCGCACAAAUGUUACCGCGAUUAGAUGUAGCUUUCGUUGAUUCUACCUAAUUUUUAUUAUUGUUUUGUUAAUGUUUCUAUCGAAUAGACUAAAUUUGGUUGUUUUUUUUUUUUUUUUUAAUAUUACAUAAGUAUUACGUCGAUACUUAUUUGAUAAUUUCGAAUAAAUAAUUCUCUUUUUUUCGAA